AUCACUGCGGUAUGACAAUAUGGCGGCGUGUCGCUCAGAUUAUUGAGUAUGAGGAAUGGAUCAGCUGUGUUGAAUAGAAUAUUUUCUCGUAGAUUCCCUGUAUACAUAACAAUACGGCAAAUGUGGCUGCAAAACAGGAUCCAGAGUUCACUGAAUGCUCUAUCUUCCUUGAGCAGAUCUCGGAAGAUCAUCCUGCUUGUUCUGGUGUUACUGCUGCUCUUCUACUAUCUGGUUCCGACAGUCUUCAACUAUACUUCACCCAAGAUCCAUCUAGUUCUGGAGGACUGUUUAGAAGAAAAAAUCCACAAAUCGUUUUUCAAGUCAACUGAAUCAUUGGAUGCUGUGAUCAACCACAGGCCACUGCUGCCAGGGGAAACAGCUUAUCCCAUAUAUGUUGGCAAUGGUAAAGUAGCGGCAGCAUUUGACUCGCAGAAUGGACUAUUCAUCCGCUUGAAUAGAGCUCUGUCUCUACCUGUCAAGUUCUACCCAGUGGUUCAAACUCAAGUUGAUGGAGAACCGUUGAAAGAGGCAUUUGCUGUGGAUAUGAAGGCAGGAGUGGCCUACCGGAUGCAAACAGUGAAGCGAGGUUGGAGCUGUGUCAGUAUUGGCUCCAAGCUGUACGCUCAUCGAUCACACCCAUCUAUCCUUGUGCAGGACAUCCGUAUACAGAACCCAACACAAUCUCCCGUGACAAUUGAACUGGAUCAGAUUGGCCCCUCAGGAUGGACAGACUCCAAGACACAGCAGUACACGGGCAGGACAUCCACAGGUGAAAAUGUGUCCUACAAAGUGACAACUGGUAUUGUGCAGAUUCCUGAGUCUACGUCAGUAGUGGCAGCUGCUGUGGGCAUGGUCUUCCUGGACUCCAGCACAGUCACAGUGCAACCAGACAGAACGAAGCUGUACCAUAUCCUGACUGUGGUACAUUACACCAAGCCUGCAGACCAGCACGAGGUGCCACAUUUAGUCCCUGACCUGCUCAACCAGGUCAAGAUAGAUAUGGGACUAGCAUUGAAUAUUGAUGGGAAGCAUAUGCUACAAGAGCACACCAAAGUGUGGGCGUCUUUGUGGCAGAGCGGUUUUGGCAUCAGCCAUUCCAAGGCAGGUGGGGCUCUGAAUGGAGACAAGAUUAACUCUACCAUAUACUUUGUCCUGAGUAAUGUGCCUGCACCUCUCCACGACCCGUCUACCACUAAAGCCCAGCGCAUCAACAUACAGAAGGUUCUGUACUACCCCGACAGAUGUUAUGGAGAACACUCAACACUACAAGCAGACAAACUAUGGAUUGAUGUUGAAGAUGAGGACCAGAUAGCUCGUGUGGUGACGACGUGGAUGAUCACACUGGAGAAGCAGGGUUGUGCCGUAAUGGUUCAGUCAGGUGCUGAAGGAGUCCUCCAGGCCAUGAUGCUGAGUUUUGGAGCCCUCCGUUUUCACAACUCUCACCUGGAGAUGGCUAUACACCCUAAAGAUUUACAUCGUGAUUUCUUCUUUCGUCGCAUCAACUAUGGCAACAACACGCAUGUCAACAUCAGUGUCAAUGUUGGGGAAGACAAUAAGGCCAACCUGUAUGUGGCUUUGGACAGGAAUGAUAAGCCCUACUACGCCUGUGAUGCUGGUUGUCUGGAUGCUCCAGUACCACUGGGCAAAGAGUGGCAACGCUUCCCUGUGAAGUUAACCGAUCCGUUGACCUCCAUCCUGUACAUCACUGCUGAUAAGAUUCAUGUGGAGGAGCUGAAGCAUGCUAUACAUGUCAAGGCCAUAGAGGAAGCACCAGCUCAUGAGCACCACGUGAUUGCCUUACAUCGGCAUGGCCAUCACUUCGGUGGACUGCCCACUCUCUUCUGGGUUUCUAUUGCCUUCCUCAUCAUCAUCUUCCACCUGUUUCUGUUCAAGCUCAUCUACAAUGAAUACUGCCAAGGACAAGAGAGAUACGCUCGCUCAAAGUACAACUUAUAGCACCUGCCCCAGGGGUUCCACACAUCAUCAUGUAUAUAUCAUGUUAAUAUAUCACACAUUAUGCAAAUACCAGCUGCUACAAUACUGUCCAUGUAAAACAUAUGGUACAAUCACUGUUCAUGUGCUCAGUCUCAUUGGUGCAUCUUGCAGUGCGGCAUUCAUCUGUGUAUUGUGUACGUAUCAUUACACCGACUGACUGCAGCAGACAUUCUACCAUGACUUGCUACUGUGAUUGGGCCUUAAAGGGGAGACUUGGAUUAGACUUGAUUUAUAAUCAUCACUUUAACAUAAAAUGGUUUCAACUAACCAGUUAGGGAAUGUCUUAAGAAUGCGCGUCUAACCAGUUAGGGAAUGUCUUAAGAAUGCGCGUGUGUGUGGUAGAAAUGAACGAUGUACUUUUUUAUAAUGAAUGAAUGUGUAACCUACAGUCUGUGGUUAUAAACUAUUGUUACACAGUCCUGACAUCUUCUGGUCCUUGCACUGCUCGGGAAUACUAGAAUGUUUAUAAUGGGUAGUUUUCUGUAUCUCACUUUUGAAAUAUUGUCCAUUUGGUAGUCUUACAUG